AUGCAUGUGAUGUUUUUAUUCAUCUUUAUUUUCUAUUCAAUCAUUAACUUGAUCUUAGCAGCGAAUUAUUCAUGUAAUACAGCUUCUACAUGUGGUUGUUCAACAGUAUCUACUGUUGUCACAUCACGAAUUAUUGGUGGAGAAGAUGCAGCUGAUCACACAUGGAAUUGGAUAGUUUCUUUUCAAAGCAACGGUGACCAUAGAUGUGGUGCAACACUUUUAACAUCCGAAUAUGCUGUAACAGCAGCUCAUUGUACUGUCGCCUUAUUACCUCUUAUGCCAAAUUUAACUAUUGUAGCUGGUACAAAUGAUUUAUCAGAUUCAUCUAACACAGCUGUACAACAACGAUCUAUCAUCAACAUGUUUACACAUCCAAAUUUUAUUGCUGGUAGAUACGUAAAUGAUAUUGCUAUUCUUCAAUUUGCUCCACUUAAUAUAGCAUCAGAUUUCAAUAUCGGUUUUAUUUGUUUACCUCAAUCAUAUCAAGAUCCAUUUCAAACGGGUGAUAAUCUUAUAGCUGUAGGCUGGGGUGUCACAUCUACCGCUUCAGGUGCUGCUGUAUCUAACUCUCUUCAACAAGUAACUGUCCAAGCUUUUUCAUCAACAUCAGCCGAUUGUGAACGAACAGGCAUAAGCAAUGCCACUGUACAAUUCUGUGCAGGCGUUUCAGGAGGCGGCAAAGAUACAUGUCAAGGAGAUAGUGGAGGUCCAUUAAUGGCUUUCGUUGAUAAUACAUGGGUAUUAGCAGGAAUAACAUCUUCUGGUCAAGGAUGUGCUCAAGCAGGAUACCCUGGAAUAUAUACACGAGUUUCUCCGUUUAUUUCAUUUAUCGAUUCAAUUCUCGGUAUUCCAUUCAAUGGAUCAGACACACCAUCACAAGUUUUGGUUACAACAACUGUACAAACUCAAGACAGAAAUAUGACAAAUAAAUCUGGAUCAAUUUCAAUCUUUUGCUUCGUAUCUAUAAUAUUUUCUUUACUCUUAAUCUAA